ACUGGGUCCGUCUCGCCGCCUGCUCGCUCUGCACAUGGCGUCGAUCAAGUGCCGCUGUGGCGCGGUGUCGGUCGCAUUUGCCUGCGAAAAGCCCAUCCACCAGCUCGAGUGCUGCUGCGUCGACUGCUACAGCAAGAACGUCUGGGCGUACAAAAAGGCCAGCGCUCCGCUGCCGAGCGGCGUGACGGGCGUCCACGGUGAGGGCAAGCCGCUCGACCUGCGCUACUGGCCAAAUAAGCUCGCCGUGACGGGCAAGGAAAAGCUCGCCUUCAACAGACUCCGCGACGACGCGGCCUCCAUCAGCAUGGUGACGACGUGCUGCAGCACUCUUCUCUGUGUCGAUCACCCUUUCUACCAGACGAAUGCUGUGCUGACGUUCCCUGAGUUCUGCCCAUACAUUGGGGCGGGCGAGCUGCCAGAGAUCAGCACGCGCGCCUUCAUCAAGGAUUGGCCCGUGGAAAAGUAUGCAGAGCUUCCGCCCAAGCCCGGCUUCUACUUGACUGCGGACGGUCCAGCAUUUGAGCCACCCGGUCCGGAGACGGAGGCGGCAUGCGCCCCCACGUUCACCGCCUUUGCCAACCCCCACAUUUCCGCCGAUGCGCCCGGCGAGACCUUCCAGGAGUUGCUGGCCGCGGCGGGCGGAAGUGUGGAGAGCCUCGGCCUGCCUGAAGGCGCCAACAGCAACCAGCUCAAGGCCAAGGCGGCGCUAGACUGCGGCCCGCCGGGCAGUCUCGCCACCGAGGCGAGUUGAGGCACGUACUCCAUAGACGUGAGACGAGUGAGGAUACAACAUGCACAUGCAGUACACAUUGAUUCGUGUUGUGUGCAAAAGAGGUGAUAUGUGUGUGAAGUGACAAGUGUGUCACUUGACACAAUGACACUGUGAUCUACAUAAGGUAAGG